AAUCACCCGUCAAGAUAUCUGGGAUUGAUUCCCUUUCCCCAUUUUAUUCCAAUAAAAUAUCUUUUUGUUCCUCUAGUACCCACGGAAUCUCACUUCCAAAGUGGAGAAGAAGCCUUGUCUCAUUUGGACGACGUGAUCGAUUUUGUAGUAUCUGAGGCAAUUGAUUAUGCUGAGAAGCCACCCGAAGAGCGAACACUUCCGAAAUUAACACGUAAAGNCCCACGCAUCCGCAAUUCCCCCAUGGUGAUGGGCAACUUGGCCCAAAUGCAUCCGGAUGCAGCUAAUGGCCUCAAUCGAAUGGCCAAUCUUGGUGGGAAUGCACAAUUCCAACAGAAGCUGCACAACCAACUUCCAACCAUGGUGCCUUUUGGUGCAAAUCAGGUGAACGCGGCUCAACAACAGCAACAACACCAACAGCAACAGCUCCUUAUGCAAUACAACGGACAAUAUCAAGCCCAAGCAGCUGUUGCAGCCCAUUCUCAACACCAACAACAACAGCAGCAGCAGCAACAACAACAGCAACAAUAUGCCCACUUCCAGGCGUUGCACAAUCAACAAGCUCAGUAUCAAGCAGCAAAUGCCGCGGCGAUUGCUCAAAUGCAGCAGCUUCAGCGACAGCAGCUACAACAGCAACAACAAAACGCGGCAACCACACGGCAUUUGCUUUAUCCAGCGCAAUCCGCCACUUCCCCUCCCAUCAGUCCGGCGGUUAGCAAUUCUCCAAGCCUGCAGCAGCAACAACAGCAGCAACAGCAGCAGCAACAACAACAACAACAGCAACAGGCCCUUGCUUCGGCACAACAGCAGCUUCACCAACUAUAUGCUGCUGCGCAUCAGUUACCUGCUCAGUAUCAAGCAGCAAAUGCCGCGGCGAUUGCUCAAAUGCAGCAGCUUCAGCGACAGCAGCUACAACAGCAACAACAAAACGCGGCAACCACACGGCAUUUGCUUUAUCCAGCGCAAUCCGCCACUUCCCCUCCCAUCAGUCCGGCGGUUAGCAAUUCUCCAAGCCUGCAGCAGCAACAACAGCAGCAACAGCAGCAGCAACAACAACAACAGCAACAGGCCCUUGCUUCGGCACAACAGCAGCUUCACCAACUAUAUGCUGCUGCGCAUCAGUUACCUGGAAUGAUGCAGACGUUCUCUCCUGGUCAGCAACAACAGAAUAUGGCCCAGCUACAGGCUCAACAACAACAUCAAGCGCAACAACAACAACAACAAGCCCAACAACAGCAGUCCCAAGUAUGCAAUCAGCGUGCCUGGACCAAUGCAACAGCUGAACAACUCCAAGCGGCGCAGAACCAACAACAAUUAGCCGCCGUGGCGGCUGCAUUCAAUCCCGGCGCUGUCGUGCAUCAGCAGUCCCAGACCACACAACAGCAAUACUUGCAACAGCAAGCCUCUCCGCAACAAAUGGCACGACCCACCGCCAGUGACUUUUCUGCCUACGCCUACGCUCAGCAGCAACAGCAACCACAGUAA